CGCCUCACAACAAGCUCGGACGCUGACAUGAAGUAUAUACUGCAGUUGGUGAUAUGGUUGAGCCCCUUUACUGUCUGUGCCCAGGAGCUUGUAAUAGACCCACCAGUAGAUGAAAUACAGGACAACCCGAAAUCGUUCUCUAUGUACUGCAGAGUUCCUGGACUUCCAGACAGCACUAAACAUCUAGAAUGGCUGGACAGGAACGACAAUAUUAUGGAAGGCUCCAACGUCCGAAGCCUUGAAACAUCCAGGUAUGGUGCCACCUUAUAUUUGUUCUUUCAAAACUGGAAGGACAAAGACGCUGGAACUUACACCUGCAGAGGUGACAUCUUGGGCAGGAAUAUGAGUAAAUCCGUACAACUCUAUUUCAAUGAUGCCCAAGAUAUUAUCAUCAGCCCGUCUGAAGAUGAAUCGCGAGUCGAAGGCUCAGGUAGCCAUGUGCUAAACUGUGAAGCCUUGGGACUUUCCAGCGGCCAAACUGCCGGGUUAGAAUGGCUGGACAACAACAUGAGACCCAUUGGACCUCUCAAUGAAAGUGAUCCGAAAACCAACAGGGUCUAUACCGUACAUCGUGGCCAGAGACGCCUGUUGAAGUUUGAUCAAGUGAAACUUGAAGACCACGGCAAAUACACAUGUAGAGUUUCACUUGGAGGUGAAUCAAAACAAAAAUCGGUUCGUCUUAAUGUUUAUGGGGUUGUAACCGUUCCACAAGAAGACGUUAUGAUGCUGGAGUUGAAGACAGGUACAGCUAUCCAUUGCCAAGUGACCGAAACAUCAGGAGGCCGAAAUGUGACUGUAGAUUGGCUGUACCCAAAUCUUGCCAGCGUAUCUGGUUAUAGCAAAUGUUGUCCUCGAUUAAACAGAGAAUUCGCACACCAGACCCCCAUGGGCAGCACGCUGUUCUUUGACGAGUUGCGAAAAGGCGACAAAGGAAAGUAUUAUUGUCGGGUCAAAAUCGACGGAAAGACAGUGUACAAAGGAAUUCAAAUCCGCUUUCACGUCCCCCCAGAAAUCGUUAUCACCCCAGCAGAAAGGCGAAUAAGGCGGAAGAAGGGCACCUCGGGAUCGGUGUAUUGCAAAGCCACGGGACUUUCAGACAAACAGCUGAAAGAUGCCAAGCUCGAGUGGCUAGACAAACAUGACGAUAUCAUUGGACCGUACAUGAAAGAUGAUCCCAUACGCAACAGGGUCUACACAGUGGUAUUGCCGGGUGCAACGCGUCUUCAGCUUGACCGGCUGACCAGUGGAGAGCAGGGGACAUACACCUGCAGAAGUACAGUCGGUGGCAACAUCAUGAUCAAAGACAUUGAGCUCAAUAUCUACGGUAAGCCAGACACACCCACGAAUCUUCAAGCCGCAACUGUCGACACCAGAUCCAUUACAAUCACCUGGGAUAAAGGGUACAACGGAGACUCCAAGCAACGUUUCAACAUAGAAUACAGACAACGUGACGGACAAUGGAACACCUUUCCCACCAUGCCACGUGACCACCACGCCCUUGAACUGACACUGGGUGGUCUCAAGCCUGCAACAGUCCACGAGAUUAGGAUAAAUGCUGUGAAUAAAUAUGGUUCGAGUCGCUACGCGUCAGUCAAUGUGACAACGUUUUGACAGGUAAUGACUGUUUGUAAUUAUUCAUGUGCAAAUUACUUCUGGACUUGAAGGAAGUGGGAGUCAAUGGUGAUUUAUGUUUAAUAAAGUUUUCACAGAAAAUAACAGAAGCU